CGUCUCAUAACAACAGCUGUUAGCACAGAGAGAGACAGCAAAGUGCAGGCACAGCAGGAACACUCGUCUGCUACCUGGCUUUACAGUGAAGACAGAAAGAAGAAACCACACAUCAACGACUCAUCUCCGACUUGUACUCCGCUCAAGGCGCAUGCUCAGACCAACUGACGGUGCAGUUGUUUUAUUCAGGAACUCAGAGACACUGAAAGCUUUUAAAGAUGACCACUUCAUGGAGUGACAGACUGCAGAACUUUGCAGACUUACCCGCCAACAUGGACGGCGUGUCGAUGAAGAAAUACAGACGAGAGCCGUACCACAGAGUGUUCGUCAACAGAAGCUUGGCGAUGGAGAAGAUUAAAUGCUUUGGCUUUGACAUGGAUUACACUUUAGCAGUGUACAAGUCUCCAGAGUACGAGUCACUAGGGUUUGAGCUCACAGUGGAGCGCCUGGUGUCUAUCGGUUACCCCCAGGAGCUGCUCAGCUUCAUCUACGACCCGUCGUUCCCCACCAGGGGCCUCGUGUUUGAUACCAUGUAUGGAAACCUGUUGAAGGUUGACGCCUACGGUAACAUCCUGGUCUGUGUGCAUGGAUUCAACUUCCUCCGAGGCCCUGAGAUCCGUGAACGGUACCCAAACAAGUUCAUCCAGAGAGAUGACACAGAGCGCUUUUAUAUCCUUAACACACUCUUCAACCUGCCAGAAACCUACCUCUUUGCUUGCCUCGUGGAUUUCUUCUCCAACUGUGACAGAUACACCAGCUGUGAGUCCGGCUUCAAAAACGGCGACCUCUUCAUGUCCUACAAGAGCAUGUUCCAGGACGUCCGCGACGCCGUCGACUGGGUCCACUUCAAGGGUACACUGAAGGUGAAGACGGUGGAGAACUUGGAGAAAUAUGUUGUGAGAGAUGGGAAGCUUCCUCUUCUUCUAAGCAGAAUGAACGAAGUAGCCAAGGUGUUCUUGGCUACCAACAGUGACUACAAAUACACCGAUAAAAUCAUGACCUACCUGUUUGACUUCCCCCAUGGCCCGAAGCCUGGGACCUCCCACCGGCCCUGGCAGUCCUACUUUGAUCUGAUCCUAGCGGAUGCCAGGAAGCCGCUGUUCUUCGGAGAGGGAACGGUGCUCAGACAAGUCGACACGACGACAGGGCGUUUAAAGAUCGGAACCUACACAGGCCCUCUGCAGCACGGCAUCGUCUACUCUGGUGGUUCCUCCGACAUUGUGUGCGACCUGCUGGGCGCCAAAGGGAAGGACAUAGUCUACAUCGGGGACCACAUCUUUGGAGACAUCCUCAAGUCCAAGAAACGUCAAGGCUGGAGGACGUUCCUGGUGAUCCCUGAGCUGGCCCAGGAGCUGCACGUGUGGACCGACAAGAGCUCGUUAUUCAAGGAACUGCAGGGCCUGGACAUUUUUUUGGCAGAACUCUACAAACAUCUGGACAGCAGCAGCAAUGAAAGGCCAGACAUCAGCACUAUUCAAAGAAGAGUCAAGAAAGUGACACACGACAUGGACAUGUGCUACGGCAUGAUGGGUAGCCUUUUCCGCAGUGGCUCCAGGCAGACUUUGUUUGCCUCUCAAGUGAUGCGUUACGCCGACUUGUACGCAGCCUCCUUCAUCAACCUGCUGUACUACCCCUUCAGCUACCUCUUCAGAGCCGCACACGUACUGAUGCCGCACGAGUCGACGGUGGAACACGCCCACAUGGACAUCGACACGGAGUCGCCACUGGCCACACGCAACCGCGCCCACUGCAGCGACUGCAAGGACCUGGACUGCAAACGCAACCAGCUGACCCGCUCCUUCAGCGAGAUCAAACCUCCCAACCUGUUCCCCCAGACUCCCCAGGAGAUCACUCACUGCCACGAUGAGGAUGAUGAUGAGGAGGAAGAGGAGGAGGAGGAGGAGGAAGAGGAGGAGGAGGAGUAAUAAGCUGGACAUGGAGAAGAAAGUUUCUGCCUUCUCAAGUCGGGUAGUUGUCUCUCUGAGUGAGGCAGGAAGGAAAAACAUCUCCAGUGUGUGUGUGUGU